AUGUCUCAGUUGUUGUUAUUCCUAUCUUCCUUGUUGGUUGUAGCAUCUGUCGUCCAAAGAACACAAGCUGAUGGUGUUCAAUAUGCAGUAGAGAACAAGGCAGUGGGAACAGCAGGAGGGGACCGAUUUGCUAAAGAGAUUGGUACACAACUAAGUGUAAGAGCAAUGUCAUCUGCGACUAAGUUCAUAUGGAAAACCUUCGAGGAAACCUCAAAGGCUGAUAGAAAGGAUAUAGAAAAGGUGACCCUGAUCGUAGAGGUCACAGACGUGGCGUUGGCAUAUGCUAUAGAUGGUGCGAUUCAUUUGAGCGAAGACUUCAUAGCCAAGUAUGAUGGUGAUCUAAAGACGAUGUUCAUCGGGAUAAUCUACCAUGAGAUGACACACCUGUGGCAAUGGUAUGGCGAAGGAGCCCCAGGGGGUUUAAUCGAAGGAAUAGCAGAUUAUGUGAGGUAUGUGGCUGGGUAUCCUGCACCAGACUGGGCCAAACCAGGGCAGGGAGACAAGUGGGAUGAAGGAUACAGUGUGACUGCCCGUUUCUUAGAGUAUUGCAACAGUCUUUCAGAUGGGUUUGUGGCCAAAUUGAAUGCUAAGAUGAAAAAUGGUUACAGUGACCAUUUAUUUGUGGAGCUUCUUGGGAAGACUGUAGACCAGCUUUGGAACGACUACAAGUCCAAGUACAGCGGUGGUCACUAG